AUGGCGUCUUCCUUUACAAUCAAAAUUGAGGGUCUUCCCGGCUUGAUUACUAUUCGAUUGAGUGAUGCUAAUUUCAUGAAAUGGAGAUUUCAAAUUGAAUCCGUUUUGCAAGGAUUCGAUUUAUUUGGGUAUUUGGAUGGCUUCAUUGUUCCUCUUCCCAAAUUUGCACUUCUUGCUACAAGGGGUGUUUCCUCUCAAAUUACUAUAGCUUAUCAAGAGUGGCUCAAAACUGAUACUGCGUUACUAGGUUUGCUCCUUGCGACUCUCUCUGAUGAGGUGAUUGAUUAUGUAAUUGGUACAAAGACGGCUCGUGAGGCUUGGCUCAUGAAUUGUGGGGUGGCUGGGGUUGCGACGGGGUUGGGUUCGUGA